AUGUUCUACAAUAUGUUCUGUCAUCUUUUUCUGUUACUUCUCAUGAUGAUGCUAGUUGGAUCAGCCUAUUCAAAGGGAUUUUCAAAGCAAAUCAGUGAUUCUGGAAGGUUGGAAGGGCAGAUUAUCGAAGAGAAAGUUCCAUGUGAAAUGCCAGCAAUCACUCCACAACUUCCGACAAGGAUUCGGUCAAAAAUCGAGUUAAUCUGGCAACACGUUGAGAAAAAUGGAAACUGCUGGAUCGAAAUGGCUCAAACGCGAAACGUUCUACUCCGUUUGACUUCUGCAGAAAAGUCGGUUCUCCUCCGAAAAUCAAGAAAAGAAUGCAAAGUUCCAUCGGUUGUUCAUGCUCUUCCACAGAAAUAUCAGAGGAAAAUUACGGAUAUUUGGGAGAAAAAUAUAAACGAAAAAGUGAAAAAAGAGAAGGAUUGUUGGGAGCAACAGAGGAAAACUAGACUGCUUCUUCUCAACCUUCCAAUGGGGGUCAAAUUCCAUCCACCAGCAUUCGAAUGUGCUCUUCCACACUUCUACAACAGACUUGAACAGAGUUUACAGGAGAAAUUGAGAGAUAUUUGGAAGGGAUACAAGAAAGGAAGUAGUUGUGUCGAGCAAAUCGAUCGACAAAUUCAACUUUUGGAGUCAAAUGAUAUCUCGUUGAAAUCUUUUCAGAUGCCACCUCCAUCGAUGUUCCGAAAACAACGAGAAGUGAGAAGAAAACUGAGAAGACGUGCAAACGUUGCAUAA